AUGGCCCAUUGGCAACCACAGCAACAGGGUUUGAACGACCUUCUCAUACUUCUUCGCGAUGCCAUUCAACCCGAGUCUCGAGAUCAGGCACUUGUACAGCAGCGACUAGCUUCAUUCAACGAGAUUCCUGAAUACAACUCGUAUCUAGUGUAUAUCCUGACAAAAAUGCCGCAAGAGGAAUCCUACACACGGGCCAUCGCCGGGCUUACGCUCAAGAACAAUAUCAAAUCAUUCUUCACAAAGAUGCCACCUCUUGUCCUUGAUCAUGUGAAACAAUGCUGCACCGAAGCAUUAGAGCAUCCGGAUCCUGAUAUCAAUGUACGGCGUACGGUGGGAUCAGUCAUUACAGCUAUCAUUACACAAGGCCAGGUACACAAUUGGCCCCAUAUUCUGCAGCUGCUGGUGGAGAAACUCGAUAGCCCCGAUGUUGUUUCAAUGGCGUUUGAUGCAUUGGCAAAGAUAUGUGAAGAUGCAGCUCCUGGUUUGGAUCAAGAAAUCGAUGGUGUGCGCCCUCUCAACACAAUGAUCCCCAAGUUCAUUCAAUUCUUUCAUAAUCCGGAUCCCAAAUUACGCGUUCUUGCCAUCACAGCCACCAGCCAAUUUAUCAUGUUGCAUUCACAGUCGCUCAUGUGCGUCAUGGAAGAUUACCUUGCUGCUCUUUUCGCUCGUGCCACGGAUGAACAUUCUGAAGUGCGUCAAGAAGUAUGUCGUUCAUUGGUAUUGGUCCUCGAAGCACGCCCUGACAAAUUGGCACCCUCCAUUCAAGCGGUGAUUGAUUACAUGAUCUAUUGCAUGCAAGAUGAGAAUGAACAGGUUGCUUUGGAAGCAUGUGAUUUUUGGAUACAAUUUGCCAGCCUUCAAGAUAUGCAUGAACGCCUCAUUCCUUACUUGGAUCGCAUUGUACCUGCCUUGCUACGACGUAUGGUGUAUUCAGAAGCCGAUCUAUUCAUGCUGGGUGGUGAUGAAGAUGAUGCACACAUCCCCGACAAUGAACAAGAUAUUCGACCACGUACUUCAGGAAGGCGUUUACAUCACAGGGAUACCACCGAUCGUGAACAACAACAACAACAACAAACACCUGAACAGCAUGAGAUGGGUGAUGAAGAUGAUGAUAACGACGACGAUGAUGAUGAAGAUGAAGAUUUGGAGGAUGAUGAAUUCUACUCGGAGUGGACUUUACGCAAAUGUAGCGCUGCUGCAUUGGAUGUGCUCUCGACAACCUACAGAGGACACGUUGUAGCUGUGCUGUUGCCCCUUCUCAAUCAUAGCCUUUUCAGCGAGGAUUGGAAAGAACGUGAAAGUGGUAUCCUAGCAUUAGGAGCUGCAGCUGAAGGUGGUAUGGCUGAUAUCGCGCCUCAUUUACCUCAAAUGAUGCCAUACUUGUUGGAAAGGUUGGAAGAUACAAAGCCGCUCAUCCGAUCCAUCACAUGUUGGGCAUUGGGACGAUUUUCUACAUGGUGCGUGGAACAAGCAGCUACUCCGGAAGGACGCCGAGCAUUCUUUGAACCCGUUCUCUUUAAUCUACUACAACGGAUCCUCGACAAGAACAAACGUGUACAAGAAGCAGCAUGCUCUGCGUUUGCAACAUUGGAAGAAGAGGCGACUUUUGAGCUUGUACCUUAUCUCGAACCCAUUCUCGUGAAUUUGACAACUGCUUUCAGGACAUACCAACACAAAAACUUGUUGAUUUUGUACGACGCUCUCGGGACACUUGCCGAGUCAGUGGGAUCGGCAUUAAACCAGCCACAAUGUCUCAUGCUUUUGAUGCCACCUUUGAUUGAAAAAUGGAAUAGCUUAUCGGAUCACGACACGGAUUUAUUCCCAUUGCUCGAGUGCCUAUCAUCCGUCACAGCAGCUUUGGGGACUGUUUUUGCACCCUAUGCAGAGCCAGUGUUUACGCGUUGCGUCAAACUUGUCGCCACGACGCUUCAUCAAGUAUUUUUAGCGGAUCAACAACCAGAUCAAUAUGACUCGCCUGAUAUGGAAUUUAUGGUGGUUGCAUUGGAUCUCUUAUCAGGGCUUGUCCAAGGGCUUGGUCAUCUUGUGGAUCCUCUUGUUGCCAAUUCCGAUCCGCCGUUGUUAUCUUUGCUUUCUGUGUGCAUCCAUGAUCCUGUUACAGAAGUGCUUCAAGCAACUUAUGCAUUGAUUGGAGAUCUUGCCAUGUCAUGUUUUGAACGUAUCCGUAACUUCUUGCCAACGGUACUCCCCGAGCUUGUUGAACAAGUUAGUGAUGAUCCUGCACUUGCCUCUGUGACAAACAAUGCCAUAUGGGCAGCUGGUGAGGUGGCUAUGGCAUGGGGUGCCGAUAUGAAGCCCUUUAUUGAACCACUCCUCCAACGCUUGCUUCCGUUGCUGGCCAACCAAGGCGUUCAAGAAACCAUCAUGGAGAAUACGAUGAUUACCAUAGGCCGUUUAGGCUAUGCAGGUCCUGACAUCCUUGCACGUCAUUUACCCGUUUUUAUCAAACCUUGGUUGCAGCGAUCGCUCUUGCUUCCUCGUGAGAAUGAAGAAAAGGAUACAGCAUUCCAAGGAUUAUGCCAAGUGAUCAAAGCAAACCCACAAGGCAUUGCUGAUCAACUUGUGCUCCUUCUCACUGUGAUUGCUGGUUGGCAACGACCCUCACAAGGGUUGCACAAAUCAUUUAGUGACAUCUUGUCGGGUUACAGAAACUUGUUGACGGAAGAACAAUGGCAGCGAACAUGGAAUGCCUUGUCACCCUCCAACCGGCAGGCUCUCUCUCAACGUUACAACAUGUAA